CUACUCCCAAUUCCUGUCCACCUCACUAAGUCUGCGUAAAUAGGUGCAGGUCGAUCCCAAAUCGCCAGAUCUAGUGCUAGUGGAUGAGACCUUGGAGAGUCCAUCCCACUCUGCCGCCCUCAGUCUAAUCAACCAGCCAACCGGGUUCGUUGCCUUGGCUCAGCGGCUCUUAUCUCAAGGGGCACUUGGAGUCCACGAUCUACAUAGCACGCACACAUUCGCAAAACUCCGCGGAGACGGUUUAUGUGGGCUUAGUGUGAGUUUGGCUCACAGCCCAGAGCCCACUCUGGACUCUUAUCCGGAGAUGCACCGUAGAUGCGAAAACCAUCGUCGACAGUAUCAAUUACAGUCGUAAGGGGACUUGGAUAGAAGAGGCCGCUUGAAAUGAGAUGAUGCUGGGGUUGUUUAUAUAAACGACGGCGUCGGUAUCGAAAUAUCGGUAUCCCUAAAUGGUUUUUUUUUUUCGACAACGAAGCCUUGUUGAACUCAGCAAACUCAGUCCACUCACCUCACUCAUACUAUAAAAAGCGAGCGACAACGCAAAGACGAUAUAUACUAGUUAUUUAAUCGGCCUAGCUUGAAUUAAUACACGGGGGAAAGAAGUUCAUAUCAAACAGUCGCCCAUAAUGUUGAGGAUAUCAUAUCUCUGGCGCAGUCCAGAGAUCAACCCCGUCAACCGCAAGGCGCAAUCGAUUCCCGUAUUCAACCUCGUCAACAUCUAUGGCCGUGUGUUCUUCUUCUCAUGGUUCGGCUUCAUGGUCGCCUUUUGGGCCUGGUACACGUUCCCACCACUUAUCACCCACGUUAUCAAAGCCAACCUUCAUCUCACACCUACACAAGUUGCCAACUCGAACAUCGUGUCAUUAGUCGCAACAUUACUGGUUCGAUACCUCGCCGGUCCCCUUUGCGAUCAGUUCGGUCCCCGCUAUGUCUUCGCGGGCGUUCUUCUCGUCGGCGCUAUACCCCUCGGACUCGCUCCGCUUGUACACGAUGCCACGAGUCUCUACAUCUCUCGUUUCUUCCUCGGUAUCCUCGGCGGCUCCUUCGUCCCCUGUCUAGUCUGGUGUACGGGAUUCUUCGACAAGAAUGUCGUGGGUUCGGCGAACGCGCUAGCCGGUGGCUGGGGUAACGCCGGCGGCGGUAUCACGUACUUCAUCAUGCCCGCUGUCUUCGACUCCUUCAAGGCGCGCGGAUACAGCGACGGACCCGCCUGGCGUCUGACUUUCAUCGUUCCCCUGAUUGUCGUCAUCUUCACCGGCCUCGGCAUGAUUCUCCUGUGUCCCGACACCCCAACCGGCAAAUGGUCCGAGCGACAUCUCCACGCGGAGCAGGCCCUAGACGCCGGCGCUCAGAAGUCAACUGGCGUCGUCGUCGACGUGCCUGGCUCCAUAACAGCCAAGCAGGACUCCAACACCAGCAAGUGCUCCGACUCCGACCUCGAGAAGAAGGCCAAAGAGACCUCUAGUCUCGACCACGACGCCACGAUCGCCCAGGGGGAGAUCUUCGAAUACUCCCAGGGCGAGACGAUCCAGAAGCCCACGUUCGCCGCAGCCCUGAAGAUCCUCGUGUCGCCGCAGACCCUCUUCCACAUCCUGACGUACCUGUGCUCGUUCGGCGGCGAGCUCGCCAUCAACUCGGUGCUCAGCGCGUACUACGUCAAGAACUUCCCGCACAUCAACUACGCCUACGCGGCCAACGUGGCGGCCAUCUUCGGGUUUCUGAACUUCGUGACGCGGCCCCUCGGCGGCUUCGCCUCGGACUACCUGUACCGCGUGACGGGCAAGAGUCUCUGGGCGAAGAAGAUCCUGAUCGUCGUGUGCGGCACGCUGACGGGCGUCUUUCUGAUCGUCAUCGGCCAGUUGGAUCCGCAUGACCUGCCCACAUUGCUCGGUCUAGUCUCGUUGAUGGCUAUCUUCCUCGAGGCCGGCAACGGCGCCAACUUCGGCCUCAUCCCGCACGUCCACCCGCACGCCAACGGCAUUGUCUCGGGGACGACGGGCGCCGCGGGCAAUCUCGGCGGCAUCAUCUUCAGCAUCAUAUUCCGCUUCAUGGACAACGGCACCAACUACGCCAAGGCCUUCUGGGUCAUCGGCAUCCUGCACAUUGGUCUCAACCUCGCCCUCUGCUGGGUUCCUCCUAUUCCACGGGGCCAGGUCGGCGGCAGAUAGAUAAUUAUCAUCUGCUGUUCUUUUUCACUUACUAUUUUCAUAAUAUAUUUGCAUAAUACCUUAGAUAGAUAGGUAUUUCAG